AAUCUUUAUAAAUAAUAAUAUUAUUAUAAUAUGAGUGGAAGCAGAACAAAAAAAGGUUUACAAAAAAUUAGUGGUAGUCGAGAUACAAUCUGGGCCCCCACUCCUUUAGCUAUAGAAAAACUAAGUCUAGUAAAAAUGUAUGCGGCCGCCCGAUCCCCCGCAUCCUGAUACAUGGAGAAUUUCUGGAUCCUCUUGAGCAAAGCCACGACGUCUGUAUCCAACUCUUUCAGCAAAGAAAAAGAAAAGGGCAGGAAACUGUAACCAGCCGCCAUACACAAGUCCCGAUACUUGGCACACUUUCGCUGAGCAGCAUGAGCAACAACUCGACCAGACACAAAACGGGUCAUCCCAGUCUGAGUCAGAGGGGAAGAUCCAGUUAAUAUUUAUUAUUAAGGUUUUGGGUUUUUCAUAUGUUUUUUGUGUUGAAGUUUAAUAAGAAAAGAAGAAUAAUAAAGUAAUUUUUGUGGUCAAGGUUUUCCGCCAUUACAGAUUUCCCUACUAAGGAAAAAAAUAAUACAUUAGAAAAUUAACACAUAUGAUCCAUUUAGUCUUGAAUGUUAUAACCAAGGUUGUCAAACCGGUUUAUGCCAGUGUGCCAGUUUAGCAAGUGGAAUGGUUCAACCGGUGGCACAUACCGGUUUGUGCCGGUUCAUGCCAGUCAAUAUUACAAAUAAAAUUAUAAAUACUCAUAUUUAAACAUGACAUUUAACGUCAAUACCUACACAUUUAUACUUGAAUCCAACAAAUAACAUUAAUAUUUAACUUUUAUACUCAUAAAAUAAAUAAUAAAAUAAUUUUUAUCAAUUAAUUUCUCUAAAUUAAAGUCAUUUUACUUAGAGAUUCGUAUAUCGAUCAUGCCGGUCAUACCGAUGGUAUCACGCCGAUUUUAUAACCGAUAUCGGUUGAACCCGGUACAACCGGUGGCACGCUGAACGGCGUGACAAGCAUGGUUAUAACUUUAACGUUCUAGCUCUACAUUCUGUGCUCAGAAUUCAAUUAUUAUUGCUUACUGUACCAUGCAUGGGAAAACGCAAGUAACCGGCCAGAGAAACAGAGCCGCGUCUUCUCCGCCGUUUGUUUCUCUUAUCGAAAACAGCAUAAAUUUCCGGGCCGUUGGUGGAUGGAUCUCCGUUCCGUUUACGUCCGUCGGUGUAUGAAGAAGAGGAAUGCGAUUAUAGGAGUGCCACUUGCGCAACCAAGUCAUAUUAAUAUUAGGAGAUUAGCGCUCCUUUGGAUCAAUAAAAUACUAGCGUGGCUCCGGCCAGUUGGUCGGUGGAAAGUGAUGUAUGAAUUUGAUAAUGUAAUGGGGUGUAUAGCUUAUUAUUGUAUAGUUUUUUUGGAAACAUGUGAUAAAAAUAGUGAAUUUUAGUAGGAAGGACUAAGGAGACAUGAAUAAUGCAACGAAUCAAAAAUCAACCUAUGAACCAAAAUCAAGUACUUGUUACCUUGUGAAACAAUAUUGUUUCUGGUAAUAUGAUGAGGUGGAGUAAGUUUUAUAGAAACUAAAUUCCAGAAAAUCGAAUAAAAAAUUUCCUAUCCCGCCAGUUUUCGGGAAAUUAGCAUCUCACAAUCGUUGCUAGCUUUUACUCGGCCCGUUGGCCGAUUAAUUUGCUUUACAAAACUUUCAUCUUGUCGUCAUUGUGUUUUCUGGUUUUUGCCAAAGCCAUGAUAAAAUCUAAAGAAAUCAAGAAUGAACAACACGAUUUGGAUUGAGAUUUUUAUCGGGUAUCAGGGAACCAUGUGAUUAAUUGGGUUGGUCGAGGUUGAACCAUUGAAUAACUUUAAAAUACAUUAUAUUUUGGCCACUAAGAUAUAAAAUAAUAGCAUAAUAUAUAUUAUGCUAGAGAAAAUAAAUUGUUUUAGAAUGGCAAACCCACGAUGUUCAUUUAUUUUACUUGAUGGGCAAAUGUCUCUUGUAGGUCAGACUCAUUCAACUCUUUUAUUUAAUGGUUAGCGGUUAGCAUAUUAGAAUCCAUGCAUUAGUUUAUUGUUAAUUUUUUUUCUUUUUAGAAAUAAAAAGGAGUAUUUUUUUUCUUUUCAUAUAUAUUUUACCACCACGGAGAAAUAAAAGGAAUUAAAGAAAAAAAUUGCCACUCCUAGACCCGUUUAAAUCCACAUAUGUACGGUAAGAUGGCCCGUUCCACAGAGGAAAAAGAAAAAAGUUGGCACUUCCUAUUCUACCCUUCCUACAAACGUUCCUGGAGCAGGGAAUUUGAAAUGGGGGAAGAGAUUUUUCCUCUCUGCUAAUUUAAAAAAUAAAAUAAAUGUACUUAGUGUGAUUGGUUAUGAUGUUUGCUUUUCAUUAAAGUGGUCAUUGUUCAAAUUCUAGUAUGUGUCUUUUUAAUGAAUAAAAAAAUAAUUUUGAAGACCAAAAUGUCCUUCCUAUUUUCACUCUGGAUGCAGGAAAUUUGAAAAGGGACUUCAAGUUUUCUCAUUUGGCUUUUAUUUAUUGUAUAGAUUAGACAGUAAUUAAUUCACUGGUUAAAACAAAUUAUCAAAAGAUUUAGGUAGUUGAUGUAGUUGUUAUCGUGCUUGUAAUACCAGUUAUGCUAGCGUGUGUGCUCACAAAGAUAUAAAUAUACAGUUAGUAAAUGGUAUAUGAUUUGAAAUUGAACAUUUCUCAACAAUUUGUGUUAUUGGGACCAAUUUUUUGUUAAGCAUAUGCCAUAUGGUGUCCCGUGCAAACUUCAAGCCCAUAUAUGAUGACUUUCCAGAUUGCUUGUCGGUUGUUUUUAGACUUUCGAAUAGAAGCGGUAGCAAUUUAACACUUAAUCCGACAACUACAAGAAUUGUGAACACGUUCUCAAGUACGUCUUAUCAACACAGUGAUCAAAUUGUAGUAGUGUGAUCCUCAAAAUUGGUGAAGAGAACAACAAAGUUGCAUAAGCAAAACCAGUUUGUAGGUUGUAAUCCAUUUUGGACUGGGGUUUACGAAGGAACAAGGAACCAAUAUGGAAGGUUAGUUGAACCAAUUACCCUUUCCUUACUGUAGAGUUAGGUGAACCAAUUUACUAUGGGGAAUAUCAAUUCCAACUAUUUUUCACUACAUAACCUUGUCUAUUACACAAUUAUUACACUGAAAUAUCCAUUGUUAAAUUGGAUUCAAAACGAAAGGGCGUGCUAUUUGUUUACAUCCAUUAGUUUGUAAGGGAUUUAAUGCAGACUUGAUGGUUGUCCCGUAAUAAAACAUGUUGUUGAUGAUACCUUCUUCUUGCUUCCUUCUUCUCCUUCUUCUAUAACCCGAGCUCGGAGAAGGUAGGGAUGACUAUAUUUCUUGGAGCGAACUCUAAGCGAAUAUGAAGCACAUGGAUACAAGUUAUGCCUUGAAAUGUAAGACAAAUCCGAAUCAGCCCUAUUUCCGAUAGGAGCAGUUGACAAUUGAAUCCAAUUUUUUCCAUUCCUGUCCUUAUAGUCAAGCUACGCCCGAGGAUACGGAGUGAUGGCUAGAGCUAGUCGAGCUGUCCCAAAAACAAAGAUUAUUUUCUGGAGGUGACAUAACGAUCAGAGAACGAGCCCAUCUUUCCAAAGAAGAACCCAUACUUUUGGAAUCACGUCAAAAGGACCAACUGUUUUUUUUAUGUGUUAAGACUGUUAGUCGUAGGGGUGUUCAAACGGAUUGGUUACCAAGGCAACCAUAUUAACCGGUAGUAUUAAGUUAAUUUGGUUUGGUUAAUUUGGAUAAUUGGUUUGGUUUGGUUAAACAAUUUAGCUUAUUUGGUUUAUGUGGUUUUAUUUGGUUUCAAACACUGCUAACCAAUGAAACCAAUUAACCAAUUAAUGAUACACAUAAUAUACAAAAUUAUUUAUACUUUCAUGCAACCAACCAAACCAAACUUUGGUGAUUCCCUAUUUUAUUUCCAUGUGCACAACAAACCAACACAUUAUGGGUCAAAAAUUAAAUGGGCCUGCCUAUUUACUAAACCAAAAUUUUUUUGGACAACUACUAUUCUUUAGGAUUAUGUACAAUACCAUGACAGCCACCUCAAAAUAUGUAUAGUUUAAGUGUUUUGUAGGAGAGCUUUAACUUCUUGAUGAAGGGUAUUGGUAUGUAUUUAUGUUAAGAGUUUUGUUGUAAACUAACUAUAUUAGGUGCAGAGAUGAUGAAUGAUGCAUUAACUCGAAUGAUGAUAAUAAUAAUGGAUGAUUAGUCUUAUUAUUAUUAUUGCCUAUAAUGAUAGUAUAAGUAGUAAUACAAUAUGGUUAUGUUUUAUUCAUUAACAAGAAAUUUUUUCAUGUAAUGUUAUGUUAUUUGGUUAAUCCGAUUAUCCUAUUAACCAAACCAAUUAAACUUUGAUUUGGUUAAUUUGGUUUUCGUGUUAAUUUGGACGGUUUGGUUAAGACAUUUUAUUCUAUAGUUCUUAAAAUUUGAUGUUAAUUGGUUUGGUUAUUACCACGGUUACCAUUUGAACACCCCUACUUAGUCGGACAUCCAUGAUCCAUCGCCGAUAGCCCUUUUGAAAAUCUCGAACUGCUUCCUUUAUUAUGGUGUUUAGGGCCUUUAGGCCGAUGAUAAUCUUUCAGCCUGGUCCACUACGAUGCGCCUGUCAAUGCCUGUGCACGUCCAGGCCUAGUGGACCAUUAUCAAUGUCCACGGACUCUAACAGCAAAAGCAUCAGAAAGCCCAAUUAAGCAGUCCAGGCCCGAUUGCAAUCUACUUGGGCCUACCUCGAACAUGAGAGCCGAACAAGUGAAUUAAAAGGUAACGGUAAAGGAAAGCCAGCUCAGACGUUAUAUAAUGGAGACCAAGGUUGUCAAACCGGUUUAUACAGUUGUGCUGGUUUGGGAAGUGGAAUGGUACGAUCGGUGGUAUAAUCAGUUUGUGCUGGUUCAUGCCGGUUUAAAAAAAUGUGAAAACAAUUAAUAUUCAAUGUAUUUAAUCAUAUAUAAUACAUAUUUGUGGACAAUUUAGUUACAAUCCAACAAAUAUCAUCAACUUUUAACUAUUACAUUAAUGAAAUAAAUAAUAAAUUAUUUUUUUAUUUAUUAAAUUCAUUAAAAUGAUGUCAUUAAACUUAGAAUGCGUAAGUCACCAGUAAUGUCAUACCGAUUUCAUGACCGGCACAGAUUUAACCAGAUUCAACCGGGUGGCAUGCCAACUCCGUGACAACCAUGAUGGAGACCGUCAAGGAAAACUGAAAUCCUAUUCAACGCCCUAAAUUUUUAAAUUUUGACGCCCUAAAUUAAUAAACGGGCGAUUUUACCCCUAAGCCCUAAAAUAGUCCCGUCUCCCAAUUCCCAAAAUGUUCGCCCUAAUCUCUAAAUCAGUUGCCCCAAAGCCGUCGUUCAUCUAUUCGGAAUGGAAAGAAAUCUCGUCCUAGAUUCUUUCACCACCGCCGCCGUUCGCCUGAAAGUACGUCGCCUGAUUCCCCCAUCACCGCCAUUGCAUCGUUCGCCUUGGAAGUUCGUCACCCAAUUUCCCCAUCGCCGCCGUUGCACCGUUUACCCUGGAAUUUCGAGUUCAAUCGCCGAGCGACGGCGAGGAGGGAGAAGGAAGGGCCCCGUCGCGGCUGCUGUGCUGCUCGGUCCGCCCGUCGACGCCCCUUUGCUACUCCUGGGUUCUUUGCGGUCGAGCCAGAUUCAGGAAGACUAACCAGUGGAAAGCAGUUGCGGCGGCGGCGGUGACGAGUGCUCACUCGGGUACGUCGAAGACUCCCAGCACCACUCCCAGCCACCGCGAGCAAUUCCUAGGUCGAGGGUGCAACAAAAAAUUUGCGGCCGCGACGGUGAUAACAUCAUUCUUCAACGGCGAAGACUCCCAGCAGCACUCCUAGACGGCGAAGACUCUCCCAUGGUGAACGGUGGCGAUGGGUGUUAAUCCUAGGGUAAAAAUUUGUUAGGGAUUGUGAAUUUUUUGGGCAAAAACGUCAAAUUACCAAGUUAGGGCGACCAAUUUCAAAAAAUCUAGGGCGUUAAUUAGUACCUCCCCAAGGAAAAAGGAAGGAAGUCAAUGAACAGAUAACUAACAC